CACGUGACACAAAAACAAAAGAAAUUAGUUAAUUAAAUUAACGAGUUUUGUUAAUGGAGAUUUAAUAACAUGUCCAAAAAGAUGAAGGAUCAUUAAUGGUGAUAGUAAGGAUGUAAGAUUAAAAAGAAACAAAAAGAUAUUCGAGAAGAAAACUAGAUAUCAAGAAGACAUAGCAAUGGAAGUGGUCUACAUAUGCAACACGAGAACAACCCUUCGAAUUAGAACCUUAUAAUUCAAAGCUACUUAUUUUAAACUCAUUGUACAGAUAUAGUUGGAUAAUUUCGUUAUAGCUUUGAUGUUUUAUGCGUCUGUUUAAUCACGGAAGGCCAAUCGAGUUAACUGGACUUCAUCUUCGUAGAUAUUCUACACUUUAGUAAUUAAUAUAAAGUUGAAUUACUAAAAAAACAAAAAAAAAACAGAUAACUGAAAUAGGUUAUGCGCGCCAUUUCUAACUGCUUAUUGGCUCCAAUUUCUUUUACUCUGUUCAUCAUAUAAAUACUCUGUAAACUUCCCUCUUCUUCAUAAUUUUCCCAUCAAUAAAAAAAUAACUCACUGGAAAAAAUGGCUACAGGCGGCAGGGGCGGCAAAUUAGCCUACCGUCCUAUGCCCGGAACUAUCUACAUUGAUACAUUGACCGGCACAAAGUACAUCCUCGAAAAAGUAAUCGGAAUUUGCGAUUCCCAUUUCAUCUACAAAGCUAGUUACUACACCGCCGAAUCCAUCAUCGAAGGCCGUCUCCUUCCUACAGGAUACGCCACCGUUAAGUUCAUCGAACCAGGAUGUGAUGUCUAUAAAAGCAAGCUGGCGCAACAAUCGGUGCGGAAUUCGAACAUGAUUCACGUCGAGAGAUGGUGUAUUCAAAAAUACAGAUAUGGAUACUGUGUUGCAUUUCCUUAUAUGUCAGAAGGAUCGCUCCGUUACAUUCUGUCAACUCGAUUUCAGAACGGAUUACCAGAGGACUGUAUUGCUAUUGCUCUUAAACAAGCGCUUCUAGGUUUAUUUGGUCUUCAUUUUUCCGGUCGAGUUCAUAAGCGUUUCAGUGCUGGGAGUAUCUACGUUAAUUUCAAACCGGGAUCUGUUUUGAAUGUCGAAAUCAAAUUGGGAUAUGCAACAACGAUUUACGAAUCGGAUCUGGAAAUGCCUAUCGUUCUGAAACGCCGACCAGAAACAGGCAAUCAACCAUACCUUGGCCUAAAAGGAAGAAAACGUGGUGGACCUCCGAUUCUAGAUCUAUCAUUUUUGGCAGAUUGGGCUGCUGCACCGGAGAUAUUCCAUUUAUACUUUUAUGAUUCUGAUAAUGAGAUUAGAAAUCCAGUUGUUUCAUUAUCUCGAGAUCAUAAUGAUGAGAACUACAGUGUUAAAUCUGAUAUCUGGUUAGUUGGUAUAACAGCACUGGAAUUAGCGUAUGGAAAUUUAAGAAUAAGUCAUCGCGAAGAACUGGAGGGUUUGAUUAGGAAGAUAGAGAGGUCGAGAAGUUUGCCAGAUAAGUUGGAAGAUGUGCUUGAGGAGUAUCAUGAAGAAGAAAAGAAAGGGAAAACAAAGAAAGUAAUGGGAUAUUUGAAGGACAAGAUGCAGUUAGUGAAAUGUAAUAGAAUGAACAAGUUUUCGAAAGAGUUUGAGGAGUUGGUGUUGGAUUGUCUUUCUACCAAAGAAUCAAAGAGGCCAUCAGUUGUAGAUCUACUGCAGAGGCCAUUUUUUCGGAAUGCUAAGAACUUGCAAUGGUUUCAACGCCGCGUGUUGUAUGCUAAGGAUCCAAUGCCUUAUUACUCAUAAUAGUACUGGUAUUGCUAGCUAGAACAAAUUCACAAUGCUGAUAGAUUCUGUUUUCUGUGUCUGAUUUCUCUGUGGCUAAAACUAGUUAGUUAGUUGUUGGGAUUAUAUGAA